UUAUGCAAAUGAGCACGUGUUUGGCUAGGUUAUCUUCCGGAGACAAACAUGGCGAAUAAUUACUUUGGGUUCCCUACCCACGGAGGCGCUCAAUAUAGUGCUCAAGCUACCAACUACCCUGCUGCCGCCGCCCAGGGCACGUACGUUCACCAGGCACCACACACUGCUGCCUACCCCACUGCCACUCCUCGGCAACAGGCAGGGUAUGAUACUUACCAGACGACACAUACCACGCCUGGACAAUAUGCCUACACAGCCACAGCUAGACAACCUACUGUAGCUGCAGUUAAACCUGCUGCUGCUCACGUUGCUACAACCCCAGCUUCAUAUCAAGACACUUCAUCGUAUUAUGCUCGAACCACACAUGCAGCGACACCGAGUUAUGACUCGAGUAAGACUUAUUACCAACCGGCAACACAGACGCCCACAUACUCGGCCACAGGUUCGGACACACACUACCAGACUAGUGCUGGGAAAUAUACAGCUUCUACGAAGCCAGCAUAUUCAACCAACACCGGUUACUCUGCAACACCCCAGAGAAACACAACUACCCAAAAAGCCCCAGCCAGCUCCAGCAGCUACGUGUACCAGAGUGCAAGCACUCAGCCUUCAGCAAACUAUUCCUCUGCCAAUACUUAUGUGACCACAACAGCUUCUUCCUACUCCGGUUAUGAUGCUGCUUUGUACAAUGCAGCGACUUCUUACUACCAGCAGCAGCAGACUGGUACAAGUGCCGCCAAGACAUCUGCGGGGACAUGGAACAAGAACAAGACAACAGGAGGACUCAUGCACAACAAGCCCAAGCCGAAGGCGCCACCACAGACCAUGCAGCUGCACUACUGUGACGUCUGCAAGAUAAGUUGCGCUGGACCACAGACGUAUCGUGAGCAUCUGGAAGGCUCAAAACACAAGAAGAAGGAAGCUGCAGCCCAGCCAAGAGGUGGGCAGAACCAGCUCUGGUGUGAGCUCUGUAAUGUCACAUGCACUGGCAGUGAUGCCUAUGUGGCUCACUUGAAGGGAGCCAAGCACAUGAAGGUUGUCAAAUUACACACACUGCUUGGCAAGAACAUCCCAUCCUCUGAGCCGGUCCUGAUCUCCACCACAGGACCAGGGACCUCGACCACCACAACAAAGGCAUCUGGCACCAGCACGACUGCGGCCACUAAAACUACCACAACCGGCAAGACGGUCCCCUCCACUGGUGCAGUGACAGCAACAGUUAAGAAAGUCUUGGCUACCCCUAAGAUCACAUUUGUUGGUGGCAGUCAACUGAAGACAGCUGGUGCCAAGGAGGAAAUAAAGGUGGAGCCCAUGCAAGCUAAAGAAACUGAAGAAGAAAAAGAAGAGAGGAGGACGGUAUCGCUGGCCUCCCUACAGGAGAAUGAAACUCAGCCCGUCGGCCAUGAGUACAUAGAAGAGGUGAAGAAUGAGGCUGGCAAGAUCAUUAGCUUCCAGUGUAAGCUGUGCGAGUGCAAGUUCAAUGAUCCCAAUGCCAAGGAGAUGCAUUUGAAAGGACGCCGACACAGGCUGCAGUACAAGAAAAAGGUUGACCCAUACCUACAGGUCGAGGUUAAGCCUAGCAUCCGCCUACGCAAAGCGCAGGAGGAGAAGCUACGACGCAUUGCCCAGAAAGAGGAAUACUGGAAACGCAAAGAUAUGGAGGAGCAUCGGUUACGUGAAGAGAUGAGGUGCGACGGCGUUUUUGAAGAAUUAGAAGCAAUGCAGUGGCAAGGAGGACGACCGCCCAUGGGGCACCAGGGCUUCCCAAGGCCUAUGAUGCCUAUGCGUCGACCUGACUCUUCUGAUGAUCGCCAUGUAAUGGCUAAACAUGCUAGCAUUUACCCAACUGACGCAGAGCUGCAAGCAGUGCAGAAUAUUGUCUCGUCCUGCGAGAAAGCUCUCAAGUUGGUGUCCGAUCACAUCGCUGAUGUCGACGCACCAAAAAAGAUGGACACAGAGGCUAAGGGGAAGGAAGAAAAGAAGGAGGAGAAAGAAAGUGAUAAGAAAGAUGAUAGCCAAUCCCCACGAGCCCUGAAAGGCGUCAUGAGAGUAGGAGUACUAGCAAAGGGUCUACUGCUUCAUGGCGACCUACAUGUCCAUCUAGUGGUGCUGUGUGCUGAGAAGCCAACUCGCACAUUGCUAGUGAGGGUCAAGGAUAAUCUCCCCAAACAGCUGGCGAAACUGAAGGGAGGUGAAGGGUCUGGUGAGUCCAAGUCCUUCAUGGUCCACUCCGCCAUGUUUGAAGCAAAGCAGACUAAGAAUAAACCACCAACUGUAACCGAAGACAAGUAUGAUGUCCAGCUGAAGGUUGAAGAUGCGGCUAUUAUCGUGACAAGCGACAAGGAGCCCAAGACGUCGUGCACCAUCACGUUGACAUCUCCCAUCAUGCGCGAGGAAAAUGUCGCUGGAGAGGGAGAUAAAGUAAAAGACCCACCCGAUGUACUGGAUAGGCAGAAAUGCCUGAAUGCUCUUGCCGCUCUCCGACAUGCUAAAUGGUUCCAGGCUAGAGCUAAUGGAUUGCAGUCAUGUGUUGUUGUCAUUAGGAUUCUCCGAGAUCUGUGCCAGAGGGUGCCGACGUGGGCACCGCUGAAUGAAUGGGCUAUGGAACUGCUGGUUGAGAAGUGUGUGGGCAGUGGUGGUAACAACAUGAGUCCGGGAGAUGCUCUCAGGAGAGUGUUUGAGUGUAUGUCAUCUGGAAUCCUGCUACCAGGUGGCCCCGGACUGUACGACCCAUGUGAGAAAGAAUCAACAGAUGCUGCUGCUUCACUUUCUGGCCAAGAGAGAGAAGAUAUUACUGCUAGUGCUCAGCAUGCACUAAGACUAAUGGCAUUCCGCCAGAUUCACAAAGUCCUUGGAAUGGACCCAUUGCCAGCUCCUAAAUUCCAGCGUAACCGCUUCAACUCGCGCAAGCGUCGACGUACGACCAGCACGGGAGAUGGUGGGGACAGCGAAGGUACGAGCACUGGUGAUGGAAAGAAGGACAAGAAGGAUGAAGAUGCAAUGGAAACAGCCGAGGCAAAUUGAGAAUAAAGGAAUAUUAGUCUCAAAUAUUAAUUAUGUAACUUGUGCAUUGUAUGUAUGAGAACUGACCACGAUUGUUUACAGUUGUUGUCACCAGGUGGACAUAUCUGAUGUUCAGUUCUGACCAGAUUUGAUGGGAAGUAAAAAACUAAAAAACUGUGAAGAAGAAGAAGCUAUUGUUGUGGACAUAGGUUUUGGACAGCUGCAGUUCAUUGCUGAUGUGGUACACUUUGAAUUGAUGAAAAGGCUAUGUCCUGGAAGAUUAGUGCCUUAAGGUUUGUGUUAGUCCUGGGCAGAUGACGAUUGGUGAACUCAUAGUGUAGUCAAAGCAUGGAGGCCUUUGCCAGAUCCUGUCUACUUCAGUGAUGGGAGAUGCUGAACAUUUUAGCUGAACCAUUUGAAUGAGACUAAGCCGUGUAGUGCGAGAUGGUUGAAGUUGUUAUUUGCAUUUGACUUUGGCUUAUCAGUAUAUUUCAUGGCAAUUCUUGUGUUAAAGUCUACAUACUAUUCAACUGACUUCUCUAUUAAUCAACGAUUUGUUUUAGUGUUAGAUGUAGAUGUGUUCAAAUGAGUCUCAACUUAUUCAGUUCCUAUAUUGGUGUUUCUGAAAAGUCUUUCUUUCGAUUUAAAUGGAAACUUUUCCAAUUGCCCAAUUGUAACGACAGCAAGACAUCUUGGAGCACUUGCCAUUCUAUCAACCGUGCCCAAAACAACCAACUCGACCGCAGAUUUCUUUGUAAUGUUCUUUAUAUCAUGUACAAAAUCAUAGGAGUUGUCAUCGUGAAACUUGUUGCAUUUGAGGUUGAAUCUAUUUUAAAAACGUCAUUGUAAAUAUUGUUCAUCGAACAAAAAAAGUGACAUUCAUAGAAAUGUGAAAAGUUUGGAGUAUGGUGGUCAUUUCUGGGAGAAUUCAGCUGGCUUUAGAAACACUUGCUUCAGCUGGCUUUAGAAUGCUGCUUUCAAGGUGACAUACUGCACUUGUAAAUAACCAAGGAAAUGCUGAUAUAUGUGUACUAAGUAAUCCGUCUGUCAUGACUUCUUGGCUGGCUUUGGUGUGUUGCUAAACUGUAGCUUGUCAUCUGUGUUAUCAGUGUAGUGCAAUCAAUAUAGCCUAUGUUAAUUCUUCCCUUUUGGUAGUAACCUUCACCUGAGAUCUCAGUCGUCGCAAUGAUCUGUUAUUUUUAUUUCAAGUUGUUGCGUUAGGUUCAUUCAAGAGUGUCUUUAAAGGAAUCGAUACUGAAUUGAAGGGAGUUGUAACAUUGAGAUAGAUGUAAUUGAUGAAUGCAUAUGAUGGGCCAACUAGUUCAGCUGAAAGACAAAAAAAUAUGAGGUGUAACAUUAUACAUGUACCGGUAAUUGUCAAAUGCAUAUUAUGAUGGGCCAACUGCUGGCCGUCACGAGAUGUCCUCGGAUAAAUGCCAUCCUGUUUGACCUAGUCUUGACAGAUACCCUUUCGUCUCGAAUCAAUUGAAUAGUCUUUAAAAAUCGUCUUCAAGUCCUGCUUUGUAAUGUCAAGCACAACUAGUCAUUUAAUGUCAUUCCACACUUUGAUUUCACAUUGUCUUUGUUUGUAUUUUUGUACUGUACUCAUUUUAUCUAUAACUAGUGUCAUUAUGACCGGUAUCAUGUACAUAGAAUAUCAUUCGUGCAAAUCGGUUUCUUAGUAAACACAUGCUUAUGAGAGGACAAAAAGAUUUCUUCUUAUGGUGAUUUAGCUUAUCAGUUUUCAACUUAAAAGUGCAGAAUAAACAUGCAUGAAGAAGAUAUCGCCCUAUUCAUUUUGUUUAAAAAUCUUUACAUGGUUGAGAAAACUUGUGUAAACCAAUGAAUAUAACGAAAUCUUUGAUGAUCUUUAUUUUGAAGUGUGACCUGGGCAUCUGCAGGUGUUUCAUGCAAUCAUAUGAGAAACAUUGUUCAUGAUUGUGUAAGUCUUUGAUUGUAAAUCUUUUUUGAAUCUGUAAUCUGGCAUAAGUUUCAUCUGACUUCACCUUCACUGUAUUGUAUGAAAUCAUCGUUGGAAAUAAAAUGGAUUGUGCUUGAA